AUGGCGCCAGCAAAAAAGGGAGGUGAAAAGAAAAAGGGCCGCUCUGCCAUCAAUGAGGUAGUUACUAGGGAAUACACCAUCAAUAUUCACAAGCGGAUCCAUGGAAUUGGCUUCAAGAAACGUGCUCCCCGUGCUCUAAAGGAAAUCCGCAAAUUUGCAAUGAAAGAGAUGCGUACUCCUGAUGUGCGUAUUGAUACCAGGCUGAACAAAGCUGUGUGGGCCAAAGGAAUUAGAUUUUUACACAGAAAUGUUCCAUACCGUAUUCGUGUGCGUUUGUCCAGGAAGCGUAAUGAGGAUGAAGACUCCCCCAACAAACUAUACACACUGGUCACAUAUGUGCCAGUUACAACAUACAAAGGUAUUUAA